CGUCUGUGACCCAGCUUAGAGGCGCGACACCACACGGCGACGCGCGUCCCGGACACGCAGCCAGAAUCAUCCGCGCGGCCGCCCCGCGCGCUCCCGUGGCGGCGGCGUCGCCUCUCCCUGCCGCCGACGGAGGCGGCGCGCGGGCGCGGCGAGGCCCGGCUCGCGCUGGAUGGUUGGGGCGGUCUCUGAGCUGUGGGAAGCGGAGCCGGCGGCGCUGCCGGGAUGGAGUGACCGGGAAGGCCUACAGUAGAUUAUAUCACACAAAUGAAGAGAACAGACUUAGGGGCAGGUCUACACUACAGUCGGGAUCGAUGCUCUGAGAUCGUUCCACCAGCAGCCAAUUUAGCGGGUCUAGUAAAGACCCACGAAAUCGACUGCAGAUCGCUCUCCUGUUGACCCCUGUACUCUACCCCCGACAAGAAGGGUAAGAUGUUUGUAGUUUCUACUGUAGGAGAAGGGGGCAAAUCAGUUAAAAAUAGGGAACAAAAAGUAUAGCAACGAAGAUGGAUGAACAAGCCCUUCUAGGGCUAAACCCAAAUGCAGAUGCAGACUUCAGGCAAAGGGCAUUGGCCUACUUUGAACAGCUGAAGAUCUCCCAAGAUUCUUGGCAGGUCUGUGCAGAAGCAUUAGCCCAAAGGAUAUACAGUGAUGAUCACAUCAAGUUCUUCUGCUUUCAAGUUAUAGAACAUCAAAUUAAAUUCAAAUAUUCUGAACUUACUGAAGUCCAACAGCAGCUAAUCAGGGAAACACUUGUAACAUGGCUACAAGCUCAGAUGCUGAAUCCCCAACCAGAGAAGACUUUUAUUCGCAACAAAGCAGCACAAGUCUUUGCAUUGCUGUUUGUCACUGAAUAUCUCACAAAAUGGCCCAAGUUUUUUUUUGAUAUUCUGUCAGUAGUAGACCUUAACCCUCAAGGAGUAGAUCUGUACCUCAGAAUCCUUAUGGCUGUUGAUGCUGAGCUGGUAGACCGGGAUGUAGUUCAUACAUCAGAGGAGGCUCGUAGAAAUACUUUAUUAAAAGACACCAUGAGAGAACAGUGCAUUCCAAGCCUGGUGGAGUCGUGGUACCAAAUCUUACAAAAUUAUCAAUACACUAAUGCAGAGUUGACAUGCCAGUGCCUUGAAGUAGUUGGAGCUUAUGUCUCCUGGAUAGAUUUGAGCCUGAUAGCCAAUGAAAGGUUUAUAAAUAUGCUGCUAGGUCACAUGUCUGUAGAAGUUCUUCGGGAGGAAGCAUGUGACUGUUUGUUUGAAAUUGUAAAUAAGGGAAUGGACCCAAUUGAUAAAACAAAACUGGUAGAAUCUUUGUGUCAAGUGUUACAGUCUGCUGGUCUCUUCAGUAUUGAUCAGGAAGAUGAUGUGGAUUUUCUAGCCAGAUUUUCUAAACUGGUCAAUGGAAUGGGGCAAGCAUUGAUAACUAGCUGGACUAAACUGGUAAAGAGUGGAGAUAUGAAAAGUGCUCAAGACACCCUGCAAGCUAUUGAAGCGAAAGUGGCCCUAAUGUUGCAGCUGCUAAUUCAUGAAGAUGAUGAUAUCUCAUCUAAUAUUAUUGGGUUUUGUUACGAUUACCUUCACAUCUUGAAACAGCUCUCUGUGCUUUCAGACCAGCAAAAAGCUAAUGUAGAGGCAAUUAUGUUGGCUGUUAUGAAGAAGUUGACCUAUGAUGAAGAAUAUAAUUUUGAACAUGAGGGUGAAGAUGAAGCAAUGUUUGUGGAAUACAGGAAACAGCUGAAACUAUUGUUGGACAGAUUAGCUCAGGUCUCACCAGAGUUACUAUUGGCUUCAGUCCGCAGAGUUUUUAACACUACACUGCAGAAUUGGCAGGCUACACGGUUUAUGGAAAUAGAGGUAGCAAUAAGGCUCCUGUAUAUGUUGGCUGAGGCUCUCCCUGUUUCUCAUGGUGCUCACUUCUCUGGUGAUAUUUCAAAAGCAAGUGCUUUGCAGGAUAUGAUGCGAACUCUGGUGACAUCUGGUGUUAGUGCCUAUCAACAUACAUCAGUGACAUUGGAAUUCUUUGAAACGGUGGUUAGAUAUGAAAAAUUUUUCACUGUUGAACCUCAGCACAUUCCAAAUGUUUUAAUGGCAUUCUUAGAUCACAGAGGUCUUCGCCAUACUAGUCCAAAAGUACGAAGCAGAACAGCUUACCUCUUUUCCAGAUUUGUCAAAUCUCUUAAUAAACAGAUGAACCCCUUUAUUGAAGAUGUUCUGAACAGAAUACAAGAUCUGCUAGAACUUUCUCCACCUGAGAAUGGUUACCAGGCUUUAUUAAGCAGUGAUGAUCAAUUAUUCAUUUAUGAGACAGCUGGAGUGCUGAUAGUUAACAGUGAAUACUCUGCAGAAAGGAAACAGGUUCUAAUGAGGAAUCUGUUAACUCCACUAAUGGAGAAGUUUAAAGUGCUGCUAGAAAAACUGAUGAUGGCACAAGAUGAGGACAGACAGAUGGCACUGGCUGAUUGCCUCAAUCAUGCUGUUGGCUUUGCUAGCCGAACCAGCAAAGCUUUCAGCAACAAGCAGACAGUAAAGCAAUGUGGCUGCUCUGAAGUAUACCUGGACUGCUUACAGACAUUUUUGCCAGCACUCAGCUGUCCAUUACAAAAGGAAGUCAUCAGAAGUGGUGUCCGCACGUUCCUUCACCGCAUGAUUAUUUGCCUAGAGGAAGAGGUUCUUCCAUUCAUCCCUUCUGCCUCAGAACACAUGCUCAAAGAUUGCGAAGCAAAAGACCUUCAAGAAUUCAUUCCUCUCAUAAAUCAAAUUACAGCUAAGUUCAAGACCCAGGUUUCCCCAUUUCUGCAACAGAUGUUUAUGCCGCUACUUCAUGCUAUUUUUGACGUAUUGCUUCGUCCAGCAGAAGAAAAUGACCAAUCUGCUGCUUUAGAAAAGCAAAUGUUACGGAGAAGUUAUUUUGCGUUCCUGCAGACGGUCACUGGCAGUGGAAUGAGUGAAGUCAUAGCUAAUCAGGAUGCAGAGAAUGUGGAACGUGUGUUGUUCACUAUCAUCCAAGGAGCAGUGGACUAUCCAGAUCCUAUUGCACAGAAAACAUGCUUUAUUAUUCUUUCUAAGCUCGUGGAACUUUGGGGGGGCAAAGAUGGACCAGUAGGUUUUGCAGACUUUGUCUACAAGCACAUUGUCCCUGCAUGUUUCUUAGCGCCUUUAAAACAAACUUUUGACUUGGCAGAUGCACAGACAGUAUUGGCUUUAUCAGAAUGUGCAGUGACGUUAAAAACUAUUCAUCUCAAAAGGGGCCCUGAAUGCAUUCACUAUCUUCAGCAAGAAUAUCUGCCUUCAUUGCAGGUAGCUCCUGAAAUAAUCCAGGAGUUUUGUCAAGCACUUCAGCAGCCUGAUGCUAAAGUUUUUAAAAAUUACUUAAAGGUAUUCUUUCAAAGAGCAAAGCCCUAAGGAAAAUACUGGAAUCCUCUGUACCUGCUUCCAUAAUCAGGAACUCCAGUUAUUUAUACAAAUGCUAACUUUUUGUGCCAUUUGAACUGGUUUUGUUUUUAAAGAGGUUGCUUUCUGCUUACAUCAGUAAAUAUUUUAGUCUUUGGAAAAAUGCAAAUGAAUAUGCACCCCUUCUGUGUCUCAUUAGAUACAUGUAAGGUAUGUGACAACAGGAGAAGUUGCCUGCAUGCCUAUUCCAACCCUUUUACUUUGUGUAGGAUGGUCUAAGUUUAUGCUGUAACAAAUACAGCAGUAAAAUACCUGACUUUUAUUUUUGAAAUUAAAAAAAUAUGAAAAUCUAAGACCAUAGCAGUGGUGAUUAAACUGUGUACAUUUUUAAAAAUACUGAGUAAAAAAAUGUUUUCAUGAGACAUGAAUUUCAUUUGUUCAUGUAUAGUGACAUGACAAAUAAAACAAUCAAACUCA